UUCAUUACAAACUACCUUAACUAGCAGUUAGCAGCGGAUCCAUUUCCGCAGCUAAGGAAAAAAAAAAAAAAAAACAUAAAGCACUAGAUCCUCGGUGAAUUCUUUGAAAAAAAAAAAAAUGGUGACUGUCGAGGAAGUCUGCAGGGCUCAACGCGCUGAGGGCCCUGCCACCAUCAUGGCAAUCGGGACGGCGAAUCCACCCAAUUGCUUCGACCAAAGGACUUAUCCGGAUUUCUAUUUCCGUAUUACUAACAGUGAGCAUAAGACCGAGCUCAAGGAGAAGUUCAAGCGCAUGUGUGAGAAAUCUCUGAUCAAGAAGCGUUACAUGUACUUGCAUGAGGAGAUCCUCAAGGAAAAUCCCAACAUUUGUGCUUACAUGGCACCUUCAUUGGAUGCUAGGCAGGACAUGGUGGUGGUGGAAGUGCCGAAAUUAGGCAAAGAGGCUGCAACUAAGGCCAUCAAGGAAUGGGGCCAACCCAAAUCCAAGAUUACCCACUUAGUCUUCUGCACCACUAGUGGUGUUGAUAUGCCCGGAGCUGACUACCAACUCACUAAGCUAUUGGGUCUUCGCCCCUCGGUGAAGCGCCUCAUGAUGUACCAACAAGGCUGCUUCGCUGGUGGCACGGUGCUCCGCCUUGCCAAGGACCUUGCUGAAAACAACAAGGGGGCCCGUGUGCUAGUCGUUUGCUCGGAGAUCACCGCUGUUACCUUCCGUGGGCCUAGUGACACCCACCUUGACAGUCUUGUGGGUCAAGCCUUAUUUGGUGAUGGUGCAGCUGCUAUGAUCAUCGGUGCAGAUCCUAUUCCUGAGGUUGAGAAGCCUAUAUUCCAAUUGGUUUCAGCGGCCCAAACUAUCCUACCCGAUAGUGAGGGCGCCAUCGAUGGACAUCUCCGAGAAGUCGGGCUUACGUUUCACCUCCUCAAGGAUGUUCCCGGACUUAUCUCAAAGAACAUUGAUAAGUCCUUAACUGAGGCAUUCAAGCCUUUAGGCAUCUCAGAUUGGAACUCUAUUUUCUGGAUUGCGCACCCGGGUGGACCAGCCAUUCUCGACCAAGUGGAGGCUAAGUGUGGCUUGAAGCCCGAGAAACUACGCGCCACAAGGCACGUGCUUAGCGAGUACGGUAACAUGUCGAGUGCGUGUGUAGUGUUCAUUUUGGACGAGAUGAGGAGGAAGGGCGCUGAAGAUGGCCUCAAGACCACAGGAGAAGGACUCGAAUGGGGUGUUCUUUUCGGGUUUGGACCGGGGCUCACCGUUGAGACCGUGGUGCUCCACAGUGUAGCUAUUUAGGGGUUUCGAUCGGUUAACCCAAUAAGUUUGUUUCUGCUUUUGUGCGGGGUCAAUUUGUUUAUUUGGGAUUGCUUUAUUUGGAUGCUGCUGGGGAAUCCAUACUGAAAUUGUCGACGUUAAUAUGUUUGCUAGCUCAAUAGCUUGCAAAGCCGAAGCGAAACAUAUUGCAACUUAAUUAUUUUAUAUGAUAAA